AUGUCCCUUCCUGCUGUGAGACGGUUGACCCACACGUCUCCCCGCACUUUGGCCCGCAUCCCCGUCUCCAGACUCUCUCCCACUUUCGUUUCUUCUUCCUCCUCUCACCUCGCUGCCAUCGCCGCUCCUCGUGUUAACCGCGCUCCUCGCUUUUCCACUAUGGCUGCCCGUCAAUCUGCCGCUCCCGCGGUCCCCUCCGCCGACAAGGCCUAUGACCCCGAGAUUCAGGACAUGGCCAGCUACAUCCACCAGUACAAUGUGGACUCUGACCUCGCAUUUGACACUGCCCGCCUGGUGUUCCUGGACACCCUCGGCUGCGGUCUGGAGGCUCUCAAGUUCAAGGAGUGCACAAAGUUGCUUGGCCCCGUCGUUGAGGGCACUGUCGUCCCCAAUGGACCCCGUGUCCCCGGUACCCCCUACCAGCUGGACCCCGUCAACGGUGCGUUCAACAUCGGUGCUAUGAUCCGCUGGCUUGACUAUAACGACUGCUGGCUGGCCGCCGAGUGGGGCCACCCCUCCGACAACCUGGGUGGUAUCUUGGCCGUCGCCGACUGGAUCUCCCGCACCAACCGUGCCGGUGGCAACCUGGGCAACGGCAAGAUCCUCAAGGUCCGCGAUGUCCUCGAGGCUAUGAUCAAGGCCCACGAGAUCCAGGGUGUCCUGGCUCUGGAGAACUCCUACAACAAGGUCGGCCUGGACCACGUUGUCCUGGUCAAGGUCGCUACCACCGCCGUUGUCUCUAAGAUGAUGGGUCUCACCGAGAAGCAGACUGCCGAUGCUAUUACCCAGGCCUGGGUUGAUGGACAGUCUCUCCGUACUUACCGCCACUCGCCCAACACCAUGUCCCGCAAGUCGUGGGCUGCCGGUGACGCCUGCCAGCGUGCCGUCAACCUGGUCCUCAAGGUCCAGAAGGGUGAGGGUGGUCUGCACACCGUUCUCUCUGCCCCCACCUGGGGCUUCUACGAUGUCCUGUUCAAGGGCAAGAAGUUCCAGUUCCAGCGCCCCUACGGCAGCUACGUUAUGGAGAACGUCCUCUUCAAGGUCUCCUACCCUGCCGAGUUCCACUCCCAGACCGCCAUCGAGGCCGCCGAGAUUAUCAACAAGAAGCUGGCCGAGAUGGGCAAGAGCGCCAAGGAUAUCAAGGAGAUCACCAACCGCACUCACGAGGCCUGCAUCCGCAUCAUUGACAAGCAGUUCAAGGAGAUGGACAACUUUGCCGACCGCGACCACUGUGUCCAGUACAUGGUUGCCACGAUGCUGGCCUUCAACCGCCUGACCGCCAACGACUACGCCGAUGGCUCCGAGGCCGCCACCUCCCCUCUGGUCGAGGACCUCCGCAAGCGCAUCCGCUGCGUCGAGGACGAGCAGUUCACCACCGACUACCACGACCCCUCCAAGCGUACCAUCCCCAACGCCCUGACCGUCACUCUCAACGACGGCACCGUCCUCGAGGAGGUCGUUGUCGAGGCUCCCCUGGGUCACCGCCUCCGCCGUGAGGAGGCCAAGCCCGAGAUCCUGGCCAAGUACAAGCGCCACCUCCAGGCACACUUUGACCAGGCUCGCAUUGAUGAGUUGCUCAAGGUGGGCUGGGACCGCCAGCAGCUGGAGAACUACGAUGUCGACCAGUACGUCGACUUGUACGUCAAGGACAAGAUGGUCGCCGCUGCUUAG